AUGUUUGAUAUUAAUGCUUCAAAUUUAAGAGGCUUAAAAAUUGAGUUCAUUAACAAUACUUUCCACAAAAUAACUGGCACUAUCUUUUCGUUUUGGUUGGAACACGAAUCUAAUGCCAUAUUUAUUAGCAACAACACAUUCCAAAACAUUACUGGCGGUAUUGUUUGGCUACGUCCACCACACAACAAGCCUUUUCGUUUUUAUUUUGAAAAUAAUACUGUCAAGAACACCACAUUACGUCUAUCUGGUAAGGCUUUAAUUGAAAUACUUGACGACAUAAAUGCAGGAGGAAGUCAGGUCAGCAUAGCCAACAAUGUAUUUUCUGCAAAUAAAGCCGACCAGGUAAUAUUCCUUGGAAUAAUUAGAAAACUCGAAGGGAAAGUGGGCAUAACAAAAAACAUAUUCAAAGAUAACAUAUGCUCCGAGACUUUAAAUGUUUCUUCCUAUCAGAUCACACUGAAGAACAAUGUUUUUAGUAACCCAUCUGCCAAGUGUGAACUAGACGCCCCAACGUUUGAAAGAUGGUAUGCCAUUGAUGCCCGAUGGAACUUCUGGGGGAAGCGGGAGAUGGAUGAUAUAGUGGACAGAAUACAUGGAUUUGAUAUUGGCAUGGUGAAUGGAUUCGUGCAUUAUCUGCCUUACUACCUGUCUGAACAAUUAACUGAUAUUUCAAGUGAUCACCUAAUAUUCAGUGGUGGUGAGAUCACUAGUCAGGUACAUCUUCAAACGUCUGCAUCACCGUACAGGAUUUGGAGAUCAAUAUUCGUCAGACCGGAGGGCAUAUUACGCAUUGACAAGGGCGUGGAACUACUAUUCCAACCGAAUAGAGGAAUCUAUGUUGAUGGCGUGCUUGUGGCUGGAGAGGGUAGUACUGCAGAACGAGUCAUAUUGACAAGCGCAACAAAGGAGCCCUGGUUUGGCAUUGUUCUUCCAUUCAAGACAGAUGGGGUAUCUAAGAUGGUCAGACUGGUCAACGGAACAACAGCUAAUGAAGGACGAGUUGAAGUGUUCGUGAAUGGGUCAUGGUCAACCGUGUCCACAAUUGACAGAAAUGAGGCGCUUCUUGUCUGCAGGGCAUUGGGUUAUGGAUCAGGAGAGUUUGCAAACUACCAGCAUGGUGGAGGAAGUGGACCUGUUCUCCAGGAUCUGAACUGUGAUGUGAUGGCCUCCUCCCUCUCUGAGUGCCAGCCAAGCUACUCUACCAGUAGAAACUGUGACCAUAAUCGAGAUGUUGGAGUCAGAUGCCAUCAGUUUGUAGCUCAUACAGGAUCACACACAUUCUCCUACCUGAAAAGUGUAUCUAUCCUUGAUUCUCAACGUGGUAUUGUGGUGCAGACUCCAACGGUCCGAUUAUCCAACUGUCACAUCAACAACACAGAAAGUGCAGGAAUUAUGAUCCAGACUGAUUCCAUCGACAUUGACCUGAAUGGAACAGUUGUAGAACAUGGACGGUCAACAGGUAUUUGGGUUAAAGUUUCUAAACGUUUCCGUCUCAGGAAUGGCACGACACAACACAAUCAAGGAAGUGGAAUAAUCUUAUCUGGAAAUAUGUCCAGCACAACUGUUGAAAACAUGAACAUCAUAAAUAACACUCUUCAUGGUUUGGAAACACAGUUAAAUAGACUUAAGGACGCUACAAUGUUAGAAAUCAAGCACAACAAAUUUGUGGAUCAUGUUUGGGAAGGGUCGGGUCUUAAACUAAAUAAGUCCCUCCAGUUGAACACCAUGGUGGUCCUUGAACAGAAUACAUUUAGUAACAAUGGCAAGUCUAUGGAUGUCAGACUGCAUAGUGAUUCUGACAUUUACAAUAACAAUAGAUGCAUCAUCAGAGGGAAUAUUUUCAAAUUAACUGGCCCAGUAUCAAUGUAUUCAGAAUACGACACAUCUGUCUUCAUUGAAGACAAUACUUUCAAGAAUUCCUUCGGUGGAGACAAGUGUUUCUUUGCUGUGGAUAUACAUAAUACAAGAAAUGGUGGCAGAACUCAGAAUAUUAGUCUGUCUACUAAUAGUUUCCAAAAUAUUACAGGUCAAUGUGUUGUUUAUGUGAAAUCAACAAAAUCUCAAUUUAACGGAACGCUCACCUAUAACCAGAUAUUCAAUUCUCCCACCAGUGAAGCAACAGUCAUGUUGAACUCGAAAAACGUUAGUCUUCAUUAUAACACGUUUGAUAACCCGGGAGCUGAUUAUGAACUGAAGAUUCUGUUGACUGGAGAGGAGGAAAUAAACGCUGAGCAGAACUGGUGGGGAAGUGCUGAUCCAGCUAUUGUCAGGGAACGAAUUCUAGACAAGGAUCUUGACCAGAGGCUUCUUAGAGUAGACUUCCUUCCAAUCCUCACUGAAAAUUUCGAUUGUUCUGGGGUGAAGAAUUGCAGUGAUAAGGGCGAAUGUGUUCGUCCAAAUGGAUGCAGAUGUGACGCGGGCUGGGCUGGAGUGGAUUGUUCUGACUUUGACUGCUCUGGUGUUGGCAACUGUAAUGGAAACGGUUUCUGUAUAGGGCCAAACAUGUGUGAUUGUACUCUGGGAUGGGAGGGUCUAUCCUGUGUGCUUGCUACAUGCCAUGAGGUUAACGACUGUGGUGGAGAUGAAAGAGGAUAUUGUGUGUUGCCUGAGAAGUGUACAUGUUUCCCCCAGUAUAGUGGAGCUGACUGCUCCCAGUGUGCACAGCUGAGAUGGGGAGACAGUUGCCUUCCUUGCCCUCAGUGUAAUCAUGGAUCAUGCAACCUCACAAAUGGCGACUGUGCAUGUGCUACUGAAAACUGGUCAGGAGAAUUGUGUGACACGUGCAGUGAGACGUUUUAUGGACCCAACUGCCUUCCAUACACUAAUGUCCUCAACAUCAUCCCAAGCUCUGGCCCUGACACUGGAGGUACAGACGUCCACAUCUGGGGACACAACUUCCCGGAGACAGAAAACAACAUCUUCUUCUGUAGAUUUGACUCCACAGUGGUCAGUGGCACACGCCUGUCAAAGGAACACAUCAUUUGUAAGAAUCCUCAGCAUCAAGCGCGCAUUGUAACUAUUGAGAUUUCUCCCGAUGGACUACAUUUUACGCGAAAUCAGACAGCUUUCACCUACUAUGAAGUGUGUCCACCUGGAGCGUGUGGGAAGACAGCCACUCCUCCUCAUGGUCACUGCUUCUUUGGGGGAUGUGUGUGUAUACUACCCUGGUCAGGGGAGGACUGCAAUGUCGAGUUGAAGGCACCAGUUAUUUCUCCUUUUCAAGAGAAACAAAUUGCUGCUGAAGGAAAUGAAUAUCAACUUCAAUUAACACUCACUGAGGGCAGUGCUCCAAUUGAUUGGUACUUAUUUGGAGCUCCACCUGGAAUGGCAAUUGACCUAAAGACUGGGCUCAUCUUCUGGGAGAGGAGCGUCGCCAGUGUCCAGCCAUAUAUCAUCAACGCCAGGGCUUCCAACCGUGUAGGACGUUCAGAGGUCCAAUGGUCAUUGACAGUCCAGCUGUCCUAUAACAUAACAAUAGAAGAGGUGACGCCUAGUGGGGUACUUCCUUAUCCCAAAACCAUACAAAUCAGUGGAAUGGUCACUUACUUUGCUGAAACGUCUCAAUCAUUGAUUGCUUUUGUGGAUGUGAAGGUACGAAAUAAAGGCACAAUCACAAAGAUUUCCAUUGUGACAUCAACGAGGAACAGGGAACGUAUUGAAGCAAUGUACUUUCCAAAGGCUGGUGACAGUGGACAGUUUGAAGUGGAUGGCCGUCACCCAGCAGACAGUGGGUUCACUCCUCAGAAAUCCUGGAGUGUGUUGGGGAUGACAUGCGUGCCUGGAUAUAUAAACAGACAUACCUACUUGGACCAGGACGUUGUGGAGAUGCGAGGUGUUACUGUACUCAAGAAUGAUGGAGUCAAUGGGAUCAAAGGCAUCACAGCUAGGGUGGAGGGAACUGGUGGUCCACUAACAUCUGUAGAUGUGAGAGCUGGAAACAGACUAUCAAGUGAUAGUUCUCAACCCUUAAUAAUAUUCUUGGACAAAGAUUCUGAAGUGUCCAUAGAUCUGAUCCUCACAGCAUCCCGUCCUCUCCGGGGCGUUAUUGCUGUUGUGUUCAGCACACCCGAUGGCACCAAAGCCAGAGUAAGAAUAGGAUUGCAGCUAAAUGUCAGGAAACCUGUUCUGGUCCUCUCACCAACAUCCCUGUCAGAUAGUGUGCCUCGAGGAACACAGAAAACUUUCCAGGUGUAUAUAAAGAAUGAAGGUCAGGUCACUGCUAAAUCACUUAGAGUAACAAUGCCUUCAGAACCAAGACUCGCGAUAUCUGCCUAUUCCACAACAACUAGAAUAGCUUCAGUAGAUGGCCUUGACCUACAUCAAAACGAGACGGCCAUCUUGGUAUUGACAGUCACGACUGGUGCAACUGAUGGUCUUGGGCAGUUUAGUGGCAGCGUGGCCCUGAACUCAGAUCUCUCAUCGGCCAGUAUCUCCUACAGGUUCUAUGUGACAUCCCAGGAGAAACUGAACAUCAAAGUUCGGGUAGAAGAUGAAUACACAUACUUUGCUUCUGACAAACCUUUGGUGUCUGGAGCUGUGGUGACACUUCGAAACCCUAGAAGAGGGUACACGGAACAGAGAAUAACCAACAACCAAACAGACUAUGUUGUGUUUGGGGAGGUUCACGAAGAUCGCUACUCGCUGACAGCCACUGCUCCAGGACAUGGAUCCUACUCAGCUGUAGUCAUUGCGAAACCCUCAGAGUCCUCCUUCACCAUUUUCCUACAAAGAGUUGCUGUGAAAUACACCUGGACUGUUACCCCCACAACAUUUGAGGACAAAUACAUAAUCACACUGGAUUCUACCUUUGAAACACAGGUACCAAUGGCUGUUGUCACGGUGGAGCCAGCCAACAUCAAUUUGAUCCCUUAUGAAGAAGGGAAGAAAUAUGUGAUCAAUUUCAACAUCACCAACCAUGGCCUGAUAAGGGCAGACAAUGCCAGGUUUACACUGCCAAGUCAUCCAACACUGAUCUUUACACAGAAAAUAGAUCCCAUAGGAGAUGUAGAGGCAAACACAAGCAUCAUUGUUCCAAUCUUGGUUAAACUGAAGCCUCGAGUGAAGAGGAACCUAGGCACAUCAGCAUGUGGUUUGAAAAUGCUUUACGAUUACUAUUGUGGUGGUACAAAAACUGGAGUCCAGGACAUCACAUUGACAAGGAUGUAUCCAGGAAGACCUCCAUUGCCCUGUGGUAGAGGAAGCGGAGGAGGCGGAGGAGGAGGCGGGCGAGGAGGCGGAGGUGGUGGAGGGAGAGGAGAUGGUGGAGAAGUUCGUUAUGUUGGGAUAUCAGGUACUGUUGGUGGUGGGUCAUCUCCAUCCAGUUCAGUAGUUGUCUACAAUCCUGUGACUCCACUCAGCUGUGACUCUGUUGGAACACUCAUCUCGACGUGUAUUUUGGGUUUUCAUCCAAUUGCUGGAUGUGCUGUAGCAGUGACUGGUUUCUUUGGUGCCAGUGGCUUCCUGGGAUUUGCAAAAGCAAUCUUUGACAUUGCUACUGCAUGUCUGCCUGUUUGUGCUGAAUGUGAAGUGGCCCUUACAGUGUGGCAAGGUGUUCAGUGCAUAUACGAAGAGUACAAGGACUUUUAUCCAAAACGACUUCGACGUGCUACAAAUGGGGAGAUCAUCCAAGGAGUCGUGAACAGUAAUGCUGCCCUCAGGAACUACAUGAUCAUGUUGGAGGAACUCUAUGGAGGACAAGAAAUGUUUGGUGUGUUUGACAACAGUUGGGUGUCUUCCUUCAACCUGGCCCUUGCUGAUGACAGUGCAGGGGGAAAUUCCCUCUCCUCCAGUGAGAUCGCGUCUAUUGUUUCUCCGAUGAACUCCACACAGGGUCAGAUUGUAGAGAAGUUCCUCCAAAGGUGGAACAAAACGUGGACAGCUUGGGAAGAUGGAACACUUGCUUCACUUGGUCCUAAGGACGAUGUCAUUGCCUACAAUGUCAUCAUGUCCAGAUUUCAGCAGUUUAAGACUGAUACAGAAAAUGCCAAACAAAGAGGAUUUGACUCCAUAUUUGAUGACUUUGGAAAUGCAGUCAAAGCCUAUCAAGAAAAUGAAAAGAAGAAGAGUGGCAGUGAUGACGGAGUGUGUGCAAAGGUUCGAGUACGUAUUGUGCAAGAUCUGGUUCUCACACGAGAUGCAUUCACUGCUCGUUUAGAGAUAGAGAAUGGUGAACAAUCAGCCCUGGAAAGCAUUCGGGUCACCGUAAACAUCAGGGCCACGUAUGGCGAUGAAACAUCUACGAAUAACAAAUUUUCAGUUGGAAUCCCAACACUGGUGGGCCUUACUGGGGUUGAUGGUACAGGCAGGCUAGAGACAGAUGUGUCAGGUACAGCAGAGUGGCUUAUCAUACCCUACUCCACGGCGGCAGUCAAGGAGGACACUCUGUAUGAUGUCGGCGGGACUCUCUCUUACACAGUCGAUGGUUCGAAUUUCUCCAUCCCUCUCCUACCAGACACAAUUACAGUAAAACCAAAUCCCAGCCUCACUGUCAACUACUUCAAGGAGAAGUAUGUCCAGGGGGAUGACCCAAUGACUUCAGAUGUGGUAGAGCCAGUUGUUCCCUUCACACUUGCAGUCAUGGUCUCCAAUGGGGCAUAUGGUGUAGCCCGCCAGCUGAAGAUCACCUCUGCACAGCCAGAGAUCAUUGAAAAUGAGAAGGGAUUGUUGGUCGCUUUCAAGAUAAUUGGUGCGCAGUUGGAUACACAUCCUGUCAGUCCUUCUCUGUCUAUAGACUUUGGGGAUAUUGAGUCCUUUGAGACCAAGACUGCUCGCUGGCUUCUAACAUCUACCCUUAGGGGGAAAUUUUACAACUACACAGCUACCUUUGAGAACAUUAACCCCCUUGGUGAUCCUCAGUUAUCCAUUAUGGAAGACCUUGGAUAUCACGAGUUGGUCCAUCUGGUGAGACUCGAGUCUCCAAAUGACACCAGAGACGACUUUCUGGUUAAUGAUAUCAUAGAUGAGGACGAAAUGCCUGAUGCCGUUUUUGAUAGUUCAAAUGGAUUUUAUUCAAUUCCCGUAAAUUCUUCAAAUGUCAUGUCCUUCAGUUUACGAAGAACUGAGACAGUGGGAAGCAGGUCAUAUAUUUACGUAGACCUUACUGUUAUGAUUUCCAGGAGAUCCUUCUCAAACUAUACCUACACUCGCCUGGUGAACAAUCUGACAAGAGAUAGCGCGACUGACACACUUCUGCAAGUCACCAGAGAUGAUGGGAAGAAGAUUUUGGUUGGACCUAAUGCCUGGCAGACAUCCUAUUACCAUGAUGAGUUUUACUUGCACAUAUUUGACUAUCACAAGAACAUGACUAAAACAACUAAUAUCUCUUACUCACUGGUAUUUGGACCUAAAAAUAUGCACAAGCCGACAUUUACGAAGAGUAUGUACGAGAUAUUCGUUGCAUUUGAUCAACUCACAGGUCCCAUUCUUGAACUUCAAGCUACGGAUAAGGACCCGAAUACGCAACUAUGCUACAGUCUUGAUGGGUCUUCUGUUUUCGCAAUAAAUGAACUGACUGGAGAAGUCAGAAGCCUUAAACCACUCACAAAUACACUGUAUGAACUGACUGUGACAGUAACAGAUGAUGGCAUCCCAUACUUGAGUAGUUCAGCCAAGGUUGUGGUGAGGGUUGGUAACUACAGCUCGUCGUCCUCAACAUCAGGUACUGUUUCACCUUCUACCGACGAAUCUUCAGUCUCUAUCCUCUCGACCCAAAGAUCCACCUCCCAAGUUUCAGGAGAAACAUCAUCUGUGACUGUGCCCAUUAACGUUUCUUCCACCAUCGUUACUGCUACAUCCACAGCAACAGGUCCAGGUCUAAACAACACAAUUGAUGUAGGCACGGCCUCUGUCACUACGGACACUGUAACAUCAUCCACGUUCAAGGAACCAUCAACAGGUCUAGGUCUAAACAGCACAAUUGAUGUGAACGUAACCUCUGUAACUGUAGGCACUGUCGCAUCAUCCACGUUCAAGGAACCAUCAACAGGUCCAGGCCUAAACAUCACAAUUGAUGUGGACGCAACCUCUGCAACUUUGGGCACUGUCGCAUCAUCCACGUUCAAGGAACCAUCAUCAGGUCCCGGUCUAAACAACACAAUUGAUGUGGACGCAACCUCUGUAACUGUAGGCACUGUCGCAUCAUCAACUGUCAAAGAACCAUCAACAGGUCCAGGCCUAAACACCACCAUUGUUUCAAGCUCGAGUUCUGUGUUGACUCCAGCUGGUACUACUGUGUCAACAUGUGGGUCAACAAACAACCUGUCCCAUGUUUGGAUGUUGGUGGUACCGGUAAUACUGAUAUGUAUGUUACCAUAACAUACAUAUUUACAGACCGCCGUCAUAAUGCUGGAAUAUUGCUGAGUGCGGCGUUAAACAGCAAACCAACCAACCAACCAUAACAUACAUAUCAUUGUGAACAUCUAUAUAUCCUGUCAAACGUUCGAGUGAGCUAUGUGAGCAUCUGUCUUUAGUAUUUACAUAUUCUCUGAAAAAAACACGAUCUAUGAUGCUUAAUGUCUGAAUGAAUGAUUGCUGCAUUCUUCAUUAUGCUUUUAUAAUUUCGAUACCACUUUUAUGUUGGUAGCGGUUUCCUAAGAAGGUAGUUGCAAUGAGAUAAAAGGUUCCUUUGUAUAGCAGCACUUCAUAUAUGCACGCCAUCACAUACAAUGCUCUCAAUUAUAAUCAGAUAUUAUAUCACAACAUUAUAAAAGCAUCUCAGCACAUAAGUAUGUCUUGUAUAGAUGUAUUAUGUCAUAUAUCACAUUGCAUUUCUUACUCACAAACACAAUAUGUAUGUGUAGCUUGACUUAAGGCAAGCUAUACUUAGUCAAAUUAAAAACUUCACAUAUUUAAAAGUAAUCCUAUAUAUGAUAUACAACGGGAAAAUGUAUCGGAGAAGGUAAUUUUUAAUCAUUAAUGUCCAAAGAAGGAUUUUAAUUAACGG